AGGAAGUAGGGAGGGUGAAAGUGAAAUCUGUGUGUUUAGAAUCAAACAUUUACUAUAUGGUUUAAUGGUUUAUAUAGUACAUUAUCUAAAACAAACUGCAGCCCUGCUGGUUACUUAUUUAUUAUAAAGCAAACAGAAGGUAGCACCACUGUCAGUCACAAAGUAUUUGCUGCACUGAUAGGAAUCCUGUCCCAUGGCUGCUGCUGCAUAUUACCUGGGGUUUGACUUCAGCACCCAGCAGCUGAAGGUUCUUGCUGUUAAUGAACACCAUCAAGUUGUUUAUGAGGACAAUGUUCACUUUGAUAAUGAUCUCCCAGAAUUUGGGACACAAGGGGGUGUACAUGUUCAUAGUGACAAACUGACAGUUACCUCUCCUGCCUUAAUGUGGAUUAAGGCCCUUGAUAUUAUUUUGGACAGAAUGAAGUCAUAUGGAUUUAAUUUCUUUAACGUAAAAGCCCUCUCUGGUACUGGUCAGCAACAUGGCAGCGUUUAUUGGAAGAAGGGUUCCCAAGGCCUUUUAAACAAUUUGGCAUCUAACCUUCCAUUACACGAACUGUUAAAGUCUUGUUUUUCACUUACAGACAGCCCCAUAUGGAUGGAUUCCAGUACGACUGCAGAGUGCCGUUACCUGGAAGAAGCAGUUGGGGGAGCUCAGGAAUUGGCCAAUAUUACUGGGUCACGAGCAUACGAGCGUUUUACAGGAAAUCAGAUUGCAAAGAUUUACAAGGCGAGACCAGAGGUUUACCAUGAUACAGAGAGAAUUUCUUUAGUUAGCAGUUUUGCUGCCUCGCUUUUCCUUGGGGAUUAUGCACCUAUUGAUUACAGUGAUGGUUCUGGAAUGAAUCUGCUGAAUAUUAAUGGAAAAACUUGGUCUGAGAAGUGUUUGGACUCAUGUGCACCUGACCUAAAGGGGAAACUUGGAUCUGUAGUUCCAUCCAGUUCAGUACUGGGGUCCAUUUCCGCAUACUAUGUCCAGCGGUUUGGGUUUAGUGAUAACUGCAAAGUUGUGGCAUUCACAGGAGACAAUCCAGCAUCCUUGGCUGGAAUGAGACUAGAGGAAGGUGAUAUUGCGGUCAGCCUUGGCACAAGUGAUACCCUCUUCCUUUGGAUUAAAGAGCCAACACCAGCUUUGGAAGGUCACAUAUUUUGCAACCCUGUCAAGACAAAUGACUUCAUGGCGCUUUUAUGUUUUAAAAAUGGCUCCCUGAUGAGAGAGAAAAUCAGAGAUAGCUGCUCGUUGGGCUCCUGGGAAGAAUUUUCUAAAACACUCAGAUCAACUUCUCCUGGCAACAAUGGACGUAUAGGCUUUUAUUUCCAAGUCAUGGAAAUCACACCACAUGCUGUUGGUAUUCAUAGGUUCAAUGCAGAUCAUCAGAAGGUUUCAGAAUUCUCCAAUGAUACCGAGAUACGAGCUGUCAUAGAGGGUCAGUUCCUGGCAAAGAGAAUUUAUGCUGAGCGACUGGGGUAUAAAAUUAUGCCACAAACAAGAAUUUUAGCUACAGGUGGAGCAUCAUGCAAUAAAGAUAUUUUACAGGUCUUGUCCGAUGUGUUUAAUGCUCCCGUAUACACAAUUCCCACUGCUAAUUCGGCCUGUUUAGGAUGUGCAUAUCGUGCAGCUCAUGGUAUUGCAGCGCAAAUAUCACCAACUACCUUUGCAGAAGUUACAAAAUUAGCAGAAACACAUAAAUUAGUAGUUACUCCAACGCCUGAAGCUCAUAAGAUCUACCAACCUUUGCUUAAAUCAUAUGCUGAGCUUGAAAGUCUGGUGAUUGAGGAGUCCAAGAGCAAUACAAAAUGUUAAAUACAGCUGAAAAUAAAACAAUAUCUGCUACUUAGCCAAUGCUGAAAUUAAAAUGUGAUUUUAAAAUAAAAA